GUAAUAAUCUCGGCGAUCCACUUCCAUGGAAAUAAAACGCUUCGUUUUCGAGCACACACAAUCUGGAGUUCCUGGGCGUUUAACGUGGUGUCGCGGCGGAAAUGAGUAAUUUUCGUAACCUUCAUCCGCGGUUUAUCGUAUAUCUGUGCGGUAAUUAGAACGGGGAAGAGUGUGAAGAAGUUUGCUGUUAAUUGAAGUUUAUGCUUGCAUUAUGAUUGUUAUUAAAGCAUUCUGCAAGUGUCAAGCACGUUUGAACUCAAUUGGCUAGGUUUGUUCGAAUGUGGUCCGAUUUGUGUGUUCGAAUAGGCUCUAAUUAAGUACAAUGAAAGCGGACGGUGGCCGUACUGGUGAAAUGUAAGCAGAUUGACACGAAGAGAAACGCGGUCAUUGAGGUGGAUAAUUAAUAUGCAGGAUCGUAUUGCAUGGUAAAGUUAGCAUGGACGAACAAACAGCUUUAGUGCUGGCUCUACAGCUAGUGGCGCUUUUUUCGACCGCCGGAGCUUUGUUGGUGUACUUACUGUGCAAAAUCCGGGCGAGUAACGGACCGGAAGCCCCCGGAAGUUCGCCGGGAGGCGGAAAGGCGGUUUUGGUGACCUGUGCCGACAACUGCGUUGGAUUGCAGAUCGCCAUCCACCUCGCCAACCGAGGCUUCCGCGUCUUCGCCGGCCUCAAAGACGGCGCCUCCUCGGGCUCCCCCGACGACUCCGUCUCCUCCAGAAUCAUAAGGGCUUGGCAGAAGUACAGGGAGAGCUUAGUAGGCCCUUGUCACGGCGCCCUAGUAGCCCUACCCCUGGACGUAACCCGAGAAGACUUGUUACACGAGGCCGUGGACAUAAUUAGGGCCCAUUUACCAGCGGGCGAGGACGGCAUUUGGGCCGUCAUUAAUACCAGCGGUUUGUCGUACCGCGGCCGCCUCGACCAGCAGGACAUCGCCCAUUGGGACGCUAUCCUGAAAACGAACGUCGUGGGGGUACUGCGCACGGCGCGGACGUUCCAAGGGUUCCUGCGGAGCGCUUCAGGCCGCUUGGUCAAUUUUGGGGUGUCGCAUGGUGAAGAGGCAGGCUUGGUUGCCUAUACGGCAAGUAGGUAUGCCGUAGAGGGCGCCAGUAACGCUCUUCGGAAGGAGCUGGAGCCCGCUGGGAUCAAAGUAGUGACGCUCAACUUGGCGAGGGUCACCCCGGAGAUGAUGUUCGUUUCGCCGAGACUUAAAACGAACGAGGGAGAGGGCGAGAUUUCUGUGGAUAUGGGAGGGUGUAUUGAGUAUCAGCCCGUCGUUCUGUCGAAACAUUCCCUGAGGGUGCUGGAUGUGGCGGUCACGACGGGGACACCGAAGCAGAGCUACGAUUUAACGCCGAUGAAGCAGUGGAAACCGGUUCAUUUUAUUAAGUCGAUUAUUGUGUAGUUGUUUUUGUUGUAGGGUAGGAUAUGUUGUAUAUAUCAUUUUAUUAAUACUGUGUAAAUAUGACUAUGUUAUGCCAGUAGAA